CCUACUGAGUCACAAAAGUACAUGUCAGACGCAAAGAAGAAUGACUUCCGCAAAUCGCAGAGUUCCUUGAGUGCUAAUGUUAGCUUGAUGCUAGGUUAGCAUUAUCACUGUAUUUAGAAGUGUAUCCUGUUUUCUAACCGUUGCCAUGAAUUAAGACCGACCUGUCGAGCCCCGUUCAGUUAAACGUUUCGUGGCUGGUUGAAGAGAGAGGUGUCAGGCAUGUAUGCCUCUGGGAAAUACAGCUCGCGGGGCCCUGCUCUUAUCCCGCGGAUGAAAACCAAGCACCGCAUAUACUACAUCACCCUCUUCUCUGUGGUGCUGCUGGGACUAAUUGCCACCGGGAUGUUUCAGUUCUGGCCCCACUCCAUUGAGUCCGCAGCUGACUGGACCCUUGAUAAACGCAGUGUUCACGACGCACCUCUGGUCCGCCUGCCUGUCUCCAGUCCCAUUCCUGAGAGGGGUGACCUCAGCUGUCGCAUGCACACCUGUUUUGAUGUGUACAGAUGUGGCUACAAUCCUAAAAACAGAAUCAAGGUAUACAUCUACCCUCUGCAGAAGUUUGUGGAUGAACUGGGGGUUCCCAUCAGCAGUACUGGACUGUCUCGAGAAUACAAUGACCUGCUCAGUGCCAUCUCUGACAGUGACUUUUACACUGAUGAUGUCACCAGGGCUUGUCUUUUUAUCCCAUCUAUUGACGUGCUGAAUCAGAACUCCCUGCGAAUCAGAGAGACUGCCCAGGCUCUGGCAAUGCUACCCAGAUGGGACAAAGGAAUGAAUCACCUACUGUUCAACAUGUUACCUGGAGGCCCUCCAGACUACAAUACUGCCUUGGAUGUGCCCAGAGACAGAACGCUGCUGGCUGGAGGCGGUUUCUCUACAUGGACCUACAGACAAGGUUAUGAUGUCAGCAUCCCAGUUUACAGCCCCCUUUCUGCAGAUGUUGAGCUGCCUGAGAGACAGCCUGGGCCACGGCGUUACUUUAUUCUGUCUUCUCAAACUGCCAUCCACCGAGAGUACCGUGCUGAACUGGAGCGCUUGAAGGAAGAAAACGGGGAAGCACUGCUCCUCCUGGACAAGUGUAGCAACCUCUCCCAGGGUGCUGCUUCUGCACGAAAACGCUGCUACAAGGGGCAGGUGUAUGACUACCCACAGAUCCUGCAGGAGUCUUCAUUCUGUGUGGUUUUGCGGGGUGCGCGAUUGGGUCAGGCUGCCCUCAGUGAUGUGCUGCAGGCAGGCUGUGUCCCCGUCAUCCUUGCUGACUCCUACAUUCUGCCAUUCUCUGAAGUACUUGACUGGAAAAGGGCAUCUGUGGUUAUUCCAGAGGAGAAGCUAUCAGAGAUGUACACCAUCCUAAAGAGUAUUCCUCACAGACAAGUUGAAGAGAUGCAGAGACAGGCACGCUGGUUCUGGGAGGCCUACUUCAGCUCCAUGAAGGCUAUUGGCUUGACAACUCUCCAGAUCAUCAACGACCGCAUCUACCCAUAUGCUGCACGCACUUAUGAGCAGUGGAACAAUCCACCUGUGGUGAAGUGGUCCAGUGUGAACAGCCCUCUGUUCUUGCCACUUAUCCCGCCAAGGGCACCUGGGUUCACAGCAGUGGUGCUGACCUAUGACCGUGUUGAGAGUCUUUUCCGGGUCAUCACAGAAAUCUCCAAGGUGCCUAGCUUGGCUAAACUGCUGGUGGUGUGGAAUAACCAGAACAAGAGUCCUCCUGAGGAGUCGCUUUGGCCAAAGAUCAGUGUUCCUCUCAAAGUUGUGCGAACCAAAGAGAACAAGCUGAGCAACCGCUUCUUCCCCUACGACGAGAUCGAGACAGAAGCUGUGCUAGCGAUCGACGAUGACAUCAUCAUGCUGACAUCUGAUGAACUGCAGUUUGGCUAUGAGGUAUGGAGGGAGUUCCCAGACAGGCUGGUGGGCUACCCAGGCCGGCUGCACCUCUGGGACCAUGAAAUGGGGAAGUGGAAGUAUGAGUCGGAGUGGACCAACGAGGUCUCCAUGGUUCUAACAGGAGCCGCCUUCUACCACAAGUACUUCAACUAUUUGUACUCAUACAAGAUGCCAGGAGACAUCAAGAACUGGGUGGACGCUCACAUGAACUGUGAAGAUAUUGCCAUGAACUUCCUGGUAGCUAACAUCACAGGCAAAGCCCCCAUAAAGGUGACCCCCAGGAAAAAGUUCAAGUGCCCUGAGUGUACUGCCAUUGAUGGAUUGUCCCUGGAUCAGACACACAUGGUGGAGAGAUCUGAGUGCAUCAACAAGUUUGCAUCAGUUUUUGGUACAAUGCCUCUGAAGGUGGUGGAACACCGUGCAGACCCGGUGCUCUAUAAAGACGACUUCCCAGAGAAGCUCAAGAGCUUCCCCAACAUCGGCAGCCUCUGACCAGCAUGUAACAGAUGUUUAGACCUCGUCACAGCCUCAACACUUUACCAACAUCGUCAUUUAUAUCACGUCAAUAUUCAGACUAAAGUUGUACAUGCUCCUGUCACCUCUCGGUUCAAGUGAUGUUUGCUUUAAUUUUUAAAUUGAAUUUAAAAUGCAGAAUUGUACAGGACAUUAAGUUAAUAUCUUGAAUGACAGAGGACGCUGAAAUCUAGGAAUAGUGAUGAGAGUGAUUUGUUUAUUUGGCUUAAAGUUGACCAAUACUAAUGCAUAUGCUAUUGGUGGGUCACCCUGAGUCUGAUGAUUGAUGGACAGGCUGACUGAUUGGAGGCUUGUGGUCCCUCACUGUUACUGUUUUGGAGCUGGAAACUUUGGGCUCCAGCUCCUCUGGAAUCAGCGUAUACAGUGUAUAUAUUAGUAUUUUGCAGCAGUGCUGUCAUAAUUUAUGAUGCUUCAACUAGGAUUUUCUUUUUCUUCUUUUCAAAAGCUGACAUGAACCUGACUCUCUUAGCUGUACUUUUUGAAAAGGAAAAGUAAUACAUGUUUAAUGUACAUGAUAUAUAGUAAAUGAUUCAAUGACAUAUCUAUGUAGGCUUUAUCUAAUGGUUAAUUGAAUGUGAUAACACACAGCAUGGUGGCUAACAGAUGAUGUGCAGUAAAUGUUUCCCAUAUGGUCUUUUUACACGAUCUGAUUGGACCAAGCUGGUGCCAUAAAUCUAAUAUUUAGAGGUGAGUAACUGCUGAUUUUAAAAUAUUGAUGCUGAGGUACUGGAACAUCUUGAAUUGUAGUUUUAUACUGCCUGAGCAAGUCUUUCAUAUAUAUAUAUAUAUAUAUAUAUAUAUAUAUAUAUAUAUAUAUAUAUAUAUAUAUAUAUAAAAUAUAAUUUCAUAUAUAUAUAUAAAAUAUAAUAUCAUAUAUAUAUAUAUAUAUAUAUAAUAUAAUUUCAUAUAUAUAUAAAAUAUCAUAUCAUAUAUAUAUAUAUAUAUAUAUAUAUAUAUAUAUUGUAUUUUGUGUAUGAACACUGCAAAAGCAUAAGAGAUAUUGUUUGCUAUGCAUUUGAAGACAAUACUGUAUGGUGAAGAGACAAUUCCUAAACCCACACUUUUCAAAACAGAUGUGUAUAAACUGUUGAUGCAAUGCUUUGUUUUUUAUUUUUUCCAUUAUACCUGUUGUGUGUGUUUAUAUUUUUGUCCCUUUAAUCACUACUUGUCCCAGCUUCAGUAUUUAGGCUAUAAACAUUGAGAGCAGUGCAGUCUUUAAGAUGUUAACAUUGCCUUGUGAUAUUUUUAUUUGCCUUUUUUUUUUUUCAUUAGGUCAGUGAAAUUGUUUUAAAUUUUUUGACUGAGUUUAUGUAUCUAAGUGUAUAUAUGACUUUGUAAUACAUAAGUAAAAACCACA